UUGGCGCGCAACCAGCAACACAUGGGCCCACGAGUUAUGUUUUAUUUUUAAUCGUUCGGAGAGUCGAUCUCCAAACAAAACGGGCAAAGCAGCGAUAUAAAGACCGGGAAGUCGAGCGGUUCGGGACAGUCUUUGGCCGCAGCUCGACGCGCUCGAAUCGAAGAUAUAUAGACACGAGUGUAUCGGUGAUAUCGCAGGACCCACAGCAGAGCCACAUCAACCAUCGAUGGGCGUCAUCUACAAGAUACUGAAGCAGCAACGCAGCAUGGAUCUCAGCCUGAGCUCGGCCACCAGGUGCAAGGUGCAGGCGGCCAUCAAGCAGCGCCAGCAGCAGCGCCGCCUGGAGGAUCACCUGGUGCAGGAGCAUGAGCAGGAUCAGGAUCAGGAGCCGGAUCACAUCGGGCAGGACAAGGAGGAGCUGGCCGAGCAGCAACUGCAGCAGCUCUGCCGAUUUCUGGCCGAGAAUGCGGCGCGAAAGAAGCGUCAACGUUUCAAGCUGCAAUAUCAGUGCAAUCUGGCCGCGGAUCAGGACACCGAUCAGGAGCAGGAACCGGAGAAGGUGCACUUCCCGUCGCCGCCACAUGAGAUGGACCUGGAGUUCAUAGAGCAGCUCCACCAAUCCUCGCCCGCCAAAUCCUCCAGUGCAGCCGUGCCGGCACCACGUGAUAGCAUCCUGCUGAAAAUUCGCCACCAGAUCUUUGAGAGAAAGCGGCAGAGGCAGCGCCAGUUGGCGGAUCUGGUCCAGCAGCGUCUGGUGGUGUGGCGACCUUGGUGAAGGUGAAGGACUCCCCCCAGAACGAGAGAGAGAUAGAGAGAGAGAGAGAGAUAGAGAGAGAGAUCCGGGAACUGAGACUAGUCUAAGGGUUAGCUGUAAGAACGCUUUCGGUAUUAUUCCUGCUGCUGUGUGAUGAUCGCGCUGCUCUUCCAUUUUCCCACGCCUCCACAAACAAACUUUUUUUUCUGUUAAUUAUAGUUUACUAAUAA